AUGGCUUCCGCCUUGGAUCUCACUUCAGAAGGAUCUCCGACUGGCGCGGUGGUGAGGUCAUGCUUCGAGGAGUUCAAACAAUGCAUCCAACAGCUGGAGGGCAAAGACAAGAUCCAUGUCCAGACCAGAUUUGCUGAUCUGCGGCUCUGGGCUGACAGCGUUGGGGCUACCGCGCAAGCGAAGGCUUCUCUGGAUUGGAGAUUCCAGCACCGACCCAAUGACCUUUAUUUCAUCCGGGGACAUCUUUCAAUGCUGGAAGGCUUUCUGAAGGAAUGCUUUGCCGCGGCAAACGACAAAUCUGAUAUCUGCGAUAUAAUUGCCAAUAUCGACUCGACUGUGGACAGCCUGGCCUUCAUAGGAGUUCAGAUUCGGCGAAGUGGCCGCAAAUCUCGACUUCGAAGAGCGGAUGAUUCCUUUGAUCAGAAUCGGGACGAGUAUCGCAAGCUCAGAGCGCAUCUCGCCUGCAUCGUCGCGUCGAAGCCAACCAAGGAGGGCAGACCGAAAGACGAAGGGAAAGAGAUCCACAGUAUUGACUACUUUGCCAAUCUGAAACUCCCACAAAUCCAGGAACGCCUCGUCGAGGCCAACCUAAGACGGCGACAUAGGUUCAUAGAAGCCCAGAGACAUUCUCACGGGCUGAAGGAUCCUUCCACGAAGCCUUCUCAUACCAUAUCCCAACAACAGUUUAUCGCCAUGGCAGCAAUCCACACAAAUCAGGAAGUUAGCCCGAUGCAGGGCAAGAGGGAAGCUACUACAAUGCGACAGAAACAAGCACAUCCGACUGGUCCGAGGACAGACGUUCCCACGAUGCCCGCGACAUCGGCUUCAGGCAUAGAUUCGACAUGGGGAGGACUUCGGAAUAAACGUCAGCCCGGAUCAACAGUCACUCGAAUCACGGCCAUUACGGCUGCUGCAAGAUAUCCCAGGGCGCAAACUUUAUCGAAUCCGGACCAGCAGUUGGUCAAAUGCCCCUGUUGCUGUCAAGCCAUCCCGGCCACUGAACUGGAAGACAGUCAAUGGAGAAAACAUGUGGCGAACGAUCUAUGCCCGUACACCUGCGUCCUCGAGGACUGUCCAACGCCGUACAAUCUCUUUGUAACGCAGAAGGAAUGGAACGACCAUGUCAUGAACGACCAUCCCCCUCAAUGGCAAUGCCCUUGCUGCGAAGGCGACCCUCCUAUGUUCAAGUCGCUCUCUAGCAUCAUAAGUCAUAUGGUGUCCAAACACCCGAAUGUUAAUUCUAACAAUCUUGAGGACUUGUUAUCAAGUUCAGAAAUCAGUGUGAUGGGAAUUACAAAAUGCCCCUUAUGUGAUUCUGAGGGGCCUCAGGACUCGCCAGAUCUCGUCGAACAUGUUCUGCAUCAUGUACAUGAGUUUUCUCUCCGUUCCCUUCCUUGGCCCAUGGAUCCAACUAUCAGCCUAGAGAAACCCGUUGGGAUAUUCGAUAUGAGUCAUGCAGAGAAAAUCAUCAGAGAUGAUACAGGCAAUGAACAUAUUUUCCACAUUGCUGAAUGGGCUGAAACUGUGGUUCCAAUCUUCGACCUGAGCCGCGGGGUCAAAAUCUUCAAUGAUCCUGAAGGCAACGAGCUCGAUAUGGACAUUGCUGGGUGGCCCGAAAACACUACACUGGAGGGCGAACUAUCGUUGCAACUCUGCGAUAUCGACCAGAAUCCACCAAAGACCAGCGAAGAAGAGUCGACGCUAGACACCCCUUCCAACAAGGAUUAUUUCUCUCAAAAUGAGUAUUUCGCGGAUGAAUCUAGCGAUGGCCGGUUUCCUUCUCAAACCUCUCGCUCGUCCCAGCAGACGCAAAUUAUUGACUUCUUCGGUGAAAGCUUCCUUGAAGAUCAAUAUGCGGAUGACUCUUCCGAACAAGACCGCGACGUCAAUGAAGCCUCUAGACCUCAGCAUAUGACGAUUCGGUAUAAGAGGACGAGUGAGAUCAAGGAUCUUCAAGACGACAUUAAAUUGGCGAGACGGAAAGUCGAGUCGAUACCGGAAGACCACCCUAAUUGGGCCGGAUGGUUAAACACUCUCGGGAUUCGACUCAGCGAUAGAUAUUCAAGAACGGGAUCAUUGGCAGACCUCGAAGAAGCCAUUCAAAUUAUGAAGACAGCAGUCAAAGCGACACCAGCAGACCACGCAGACAAGGCGGAACGGUUGAAUAACCUCGGAAUCCAAUUCGGCAAGAGAUAUACCAAAACUGGAGAGAUGGCAGACCUCGAAUACGCCAUUCAAAUCAUGCAAAAUGCCGUCGAAAUGACACCAGCAGACCACUCAAAUAGAGCAGCCGUUUUGAGCAACCUAGGGAAUUCCUUCCGUCAUAUGUUCGAGUUGACUAGGGGUCUCAACGACAUAAACGAAGCCAUCGGUUUCGGCGAGGAAGCUAUAGCUGUUACUCCUCACGACCAUCCAGACAGGGCAGCUAUUUUGAGUCACCUGGCAAAUUCCCUCUGUCACAAGUUCAAGCGGACUAGUGAUCUCCAGGACCUAAACGAAGCUAUUAGUAUAGGAAAGGAAGCUGUGGCUGCUACUCCUCACGACCAUCCGGACGGAGCGGCUAUUUUGACUAACCUAAGCAAUUCUUUCUACCAUAAGUUCGAGUGGACUCAUGAUCUCCAGGCCCUAAUCGACGCCAUCAGUAUAGCAAAGCAAGCUGUAUUUGCUACUCCGAACGACCAUCCAGACAGGGCAGCUAUUUUGAGUCACCUGGCAAAUUCCCUCUAUCACAAGUUCAAGCAGACUAGUGAUCUCCAGGACCUAAACGAAGCUAUUAGUAUAGGAAAGGAAGCUGUGGCUGCUACUCCUCACGACCAUCCGGAUAGAGAGGCCAUUUUAAGUAUGCUUGAAUUUGCAAAAUCCGGGUAUGAUUAA